AUGCACCUCGAGCGCCUCGUAGCGCCGCCGGCGCCCGCCGCCGGCGCGCCGCUCGACGCGGUCGAAGUCCUCGCGCGCUUCGUCGCGAUGCGAGACGUUCGCGGCGCGACGACGGCGUGCGGCGCCGUCGCGAAGGCGCGUUUCGACGACCGCGUCGUGGAAUCCGCGCGCGCGUUCGAGGUCGCGCUCGACGCGCUCGCGCUCGCGACGGCGCGCGAGGGCGGUGACGCGCUGGGCGCGCGCGCGGCGCGCGUGAUCGCCGCGUGCGCGCGCGGACGACGGUUCAGAGAGGAUGCGUUCGGGUCGCGCGCGGCGACGCGGUGCGCCGCGGCGUUCGCAGAGCGAAGGCGCGGCGAAGGCGCGGCGACGGCGAGCGCGUUGGCGCUCGCGGCGAUCGGAAGCGAAGAGUCGUUCGAGGCGUUGGUGGUGCUGGUGCGAUCGGGUAUCGGUGCGGUGGCGUUUGAAACGCCGUCGUCGGCGUUGGAAUACGCGUACGCGUACGCGUACGGCGUCGCGGCGGAGCGCGCGAGCGGGACGGCGGCGGCGAGCGCUUUACUCGAAGCUUGGGAACGCGUGGACGUCGGUGACGAGUAUGCGGUGUUACGAAAGUGCCUAUUUGGAGGGCGGUCGCUGCGGCGCGUUUUGGAGAGCGUGGUGACGGGUGGGGCGGUGCCGAAGGCGAACGCGGACGUCGUCGUCGCGGCGUGCGCGAAGGACGGUCGCUGCGGCGCCGUGUACGUCUUAUCGGCGAUGUAUAGAUCGAGCGUGGCUUUGAACGACGAAGCCAUGCGUGCCUCGUGUGGGGUGGCGUUGAUGCGUUCGGUCGGCGUCCUCGAGCGCUGGAUCGCGUGCACGGCGCGUGACCCGUCGCUGGAAGCGCGUGCGUUUGCGAGCGUGUCGACGAUUUCGGCGUGCUUGGAUAUGGAUGGGCAAAACGGACCGUUACAGUCCCGCGCGGGCGGGAUCCGCGAGAAGCCUCGAGAAUAUUAG